GAGUAUCCUUGCCACACACUCUCAUCAGUGAUCAUCCACAACAACAAUACACAAUUUUCGUAGAAGUAAAGAAAUUUAGUCGAUGGAGAGCAAGAUGGUGAUUGUCUUUGGCUUUGUAGUUGCAGUAUUUUUGCAGACUGCGGCAGCGCAGACAGGACUUGUGGUGGGAGACAGCAUAGGUUGGACCAUCCCUCAAUCUGGUGCACAAGAGUAUGUCACUUGGGCUGCAAGUAACAAGUUCGUAGUUGGUGAUACUCUGGUUUUCAACUUCGCCACCAACGCGCACGAUGUACUAGAAGUACCCAAAGCAUCUUUCGACUCAUGCAGUUCCGAAAACCCAAUUGGCACAGCCAUCACAACUGGCCCAGCAAACAUCACUCUCACCUCCGCAGGCGACCACUACUACAUCUGCACUUAUGGCCGCCAUUGCCAGUCGGGCCAGAAACUUGCCAUCACAGUAACAGCUGCCUCCCCAGGUGCCGCACCUUCUGUGCCGCCACCGCCCUCUACAACUAACACCCCUCCAACUACCCCUUCCCCCACAUCAAACGGCCCUGCUGCUUGUGAACCUGUCCCAGCUCCAUCACCUUCCAUGAGUGCAGUACCCACCGUGAACACCACCCCCGGGUCGCUGCCUCCGUUGGGUUCUUCUUCACAUGUUGUUUUAGCUAGCUUCGUUUUAUCCUCCUUGGCUCUUGUCGUGGGUUUAUUCUUUUAGGCGCAGUACGAAGAGACAUUGGCAUUCUUACUUACCAUAUUGGUCAUCCAAUAUUUUUUUUAGAAAGACUUUGGAUGUGGUACUUAGUUAUAAAUAUUUUUUAAUUGAAAUCUUGUUAGUUUUUAAUUUUUUA